GGCCAGGCACGUCCACGACAUCGAGUUUCAAGACGUCGCGUCCCCCAAAUCCCGCCAAACUCCAAAGCUGCUGGAGCUGGCCGGCUCGCCGUUUGAGCCCAAGCUCCUGGACAGGAACAGGCUGUCCGUGCUGGAGGGGGGAUGGCAGCUCUCCGGCGCGCACGGCGACAUCAAGGAGGGCAUCUGGCUGGACGAAAAUCGGGUUCAGCACCGGGUGGCCAUAAAAUCUCCAAAGUACUCGGAGCUCGAUAAGCACAGGGAAGCCAUAGCCAGGGAGCUGCGCGUCCUGGCCACCGUGCCUGGCCACCCCAACAUCGUGACGGUGGUAGGGUUCUGUUUGACGGACGGGCCGCUAAUAGUCGAGGAAUUCAUGGCCACAAAUUUGGAGGCCGUCCUGUGUGGUGCGGAUCAGGGCCUGACAUACGAUGAGAUCAUAAGGAUCAGCCUGGACGUGGCCCGAGGGCUGGACCACCUUCAUGAGCACGGCGUCACGCACUACGACAUCAAGCCCUCCAACAUCUUGAUGGAUGGGGAAUUCAACGCGAAGCUGGCGGACUUCUCGUGCUCGGAGCUGAAGCUGGCCUCCAGCAUGUCGCUGGCCGUGCGGGGCUCGGCGGGCUACAUCGCGCCGGAGAUCGUGGAGAAGGGGCUGUGUUCGCGCAGGGGGGGUCCCGGGCGGCAUUUUCCCACAGACAAGGUGGACGUCUACAGCUUCGGGAAGGUGAUGCUGGAGUGCGUGACGGGAAGCCUCAACCCUGAGAAUGCUGCGGCUGAAAGGAUUUGCCACGGGCCACUGUGGGAGCUCAUACGCGCCUGCGUCAGCGGGUGCCCCAAGGAACGUCCCGGGUGCAAGCGAAUUGUGGAGCGACUCGAGGGCAUGGUAAAGGAUGAAGGGGGCUGGGAGCCUGGCUGGAAGGCGCGGAGGCCGAUGCAAGAAAUUUCGCAGGCGUCGUAG